AUGUGGCAUGAACGUAAAUUUAUAAACAGCUGGUUGUUUUUUACUUGUAGUUAUGAACAACUGGUGGAGAUGAAGACAUCUCACUAUACAUUCUUUCAACCUGUCGAAAUGGCGAUGCUUGUUAGCGACCGUAUGGAUCAUCAUCGAGUUUUACGACAUCUUUUGUACAAAAUUGGCUUCCUAUUCCAGUCUCAGGAUGACCACCUUGACGUAUUCGGUAAUCCACAUCUCACUGGAAAGACAGGAACUGAUAUACAGGAUGGCAAAUGCACGUGGAUCAGUGUUCGUGCAGUUCAAAAGUUGCUUGACAAACCGGAACUGGACGUAUUUAAGGCAAAUUAUGGAAGAGGAAAUCCUGAAAACGUAGAUAAUAUCAGAAAUCUUCUAUACCGGCUGGACAUUCAAGAGGACUUCAUGAACUUCGAGAAAAAAUAUUCUGAUAAGUUAAAGAACGACAUCAACCAGGUACCGCUUGAGCUGUCACCAUUGAAACCAGUCUUACGUGCCGUCGUUACUAAAUUACAAGGCAGAGAAAAGUGA